AUGGCAGCAAGCGCGGGAAACUUCUCUUGGGCAGGCAACAGCAAAAGAGUUACAGCCGAUUCAGUUGGGGAGUUCAAGAGGCGUAAACUGCUAGCUAAGGAGGCUGCAAGCAAGAAAGGAGCUGUCAACACCAUGCACGGUGCUCAGCAAGCUGCUCAGGCAGCGCCUCCAGUCCGUCGGGGAGGCCGGGAGAGCAAACGUGGCGGAGCAGGGCGCGGUCGUGCUAACUCUUCGAAUGGCGAAAUUCCCGCUGGCGCAACCUCCGCUGCCCCUGAUUCCACCGGCGAACCCUCCCCUGCCGAUACUGGCAUCGAGGUCUCGCCUACACCGGCUCUCGCAUCUGAGGAUCUCAAUAACGCCGCUGGCGGCGUCGCCUGCAGCGCACUCGAAGCCGCUCCUCUCGCUGGCGGUGUAGGCUGCAGUGCACGUGAGGCCGCUCCUCUCGCUGGCGGCGUAGGCUGCAGUGCACGUGAGGCCGCUCCUCUCGCUGGCAGCGUAGGCUGCAGUGCACGUGAGGCCGCUCCUCUCGCUGGCGGUGUAGGCUGCAGUGCUCGUGAGGCCCCUCCUCUCGCUGGCGGCGUAGUCUGCAGUGCACGUGAGGCCGCUACCCAAGCUCUCCCUGCACCCGCCUCUGCCGCCAGGGUGUACGCUCCGGGUCCGAUGAUGACAGCAGUCAUGGAGGCCGCUGAGGAGGGAGGGGCGAUUUCGUUCGGCGAUUUCGGCAUUGAGGCUGGUAGCGAUGACGACGAGCUCAACGACGACGAGCUCAACGACGACGAUGCGGAUGAUGCUGUCGGUGCUCAAGCGGGAACUGAUGCAGAGUUGCGCGAAGCGGAGGUUCGCGCAGCGGAGCUUCGCGCCGCGGAGCUUCGCGCAUCGGAGGUGCGCGCAGCAGAGGCGCGGGCAGCGGAGUUGCGCUCAGUGGAGUUGCGCGCAGCGGAGGUUCGCCAGACGGAUAAGGCGACACCCACGUCGCAUCAGAAUGAAAUGGCAGCACCCGCAAGGCGUGAACGGUCACAAGGUAACGAUGCACUUUAG